AUGGCUUGGGAAAGUCCAGAGCCACGGUCUAACCCCUUGGUUUGCGUUGAUACUGAUCACAGUGUUGGUGGCAGAUGGGAGAGCUGGAGCUGUGCGCUCAGUCCAGGCAGGAAAGUCUUGAGACUGCUUCAGCCAUCUGCCAGCAGGGAUCUGUUUUUUCACACUUUAUUUAACAAACAUGCACGCCUCUCACAGCCUCUGCACCUAUCUGUUUUCCAGGAGGAUGAAUACAUCAAUAUUGAGAGUGAUCUGCAUGGCAACAAAUGUGACUCAGUAGAUGACGAGCAACCACGCUUGAAAGGGCAUUUAGAAAAGAAAUAUGAUAAAGUCUGUGAAUUUUACAAGAAACAUAAAACCAGAAUUCACUAUGUGAUCUACGGAAUUUUAGUAACAGCAUACCUGGCAGUAGUUAUUGCAGCCUGCAGCUUGAACUUUCAGAGAGCCUUGCCACUCUUUAUCAUCACUGUCCUCGCCAUUUUCUUCAUCUGCUGGGAUUUUUUAAUAGCUAAGUAUGAAGACAGAAUUGCUGCAUUCUUUUCCCCUGGAGAAAGAUAUCUGGAGAAACAGUGGUUUUGGCUGAAAUGGGUGUUGUAUGCAGCUCUUAUUAUAACUGUCAUCUGCUGGCUCAUCUUUGACACAGCAAAACAGGGAUCCCGCCAGCUGAUCUCCUUUGGUGGGCUUGCAAUGUAUAUUCUCUUGAUGUUUAUCUUUUCCAAAUAUCCAACCAGAGUUGCUUGGAGACCAGUAUUUUCAGGAAUAGGAAUGCAGUUUAUACUUGGGCUUCUUAUUAUGAGGACCAAAGUGGGGUUUGAUGUGUUUAACUGGCUAGGCAUUCAGAUCCAGACUUUUCUGGAGUAUGCUGAUACAGGUGCUAAGUUUGUAUUUGGUGAGAAAUAUACAGAUCAUUUCUUUGCUUUUAAG